AUGCGCACUGACACAUUCAGUAAAUGCCAUUGUUAGCUGAUUAGCAUGUUGUUGUUUUUUGUUCACUAUAUUUUAAAACGUCUCAAAAACUGAAUGUUUUCCUGUUUUAUGUUCAGUGGGUAAAAAUCUGCCAUAUCAUUGUACAUUUAAUGAGAGAAGUUGUGAAGUGAACAGAAUGAAUCAGUUUGAGAAUGUGAAAGAGGAAGAAACGGAGGACAAGAGGAAUGUAACCGACUCGGAAAGUGUAAAUAAUAAUAAUAAUAACAGGAGGAAGACAGUAACCCCAGCUCCAGGUGAACACCCUCUGCAGUAUAACUACACAUUCUGGUACUCACGCCGGACCCCCAGCAGACCCGCAAACACACAGAGCUAUGAACAGAACAUCCGACAGAUCGGCACAGUCGCAUCGGUGGAACAGUUCUGGAAGUUCUACAGUCAUCUGGUUCGUCCUGGAGAUCUGACGGGUCACAGCGAUUUCCACUUAUUCAAAGAGGGAAUCAAACCUAUGUGGGAGGAUGAAGCCAAUAAGAACGGAGGGAAGUGGAUUAUUCGAUUGCGCAAGGGUUUGGCGUCGAGGUUCUGGGAGAACAUCAUCUUAGCGAUGCUGGGAGAGCAGUUCAUGGUGGGGGAGGAGGUGUGUGGUGUCGUCGUCUCCAUACGCUUUCAGGAGGACAUCUUGUCCAUCUGGAAUAAAACAGCGAGUGAUCAGGUAACGACAUCACGCAUCAGAGACACACUGCGCCGAGUCCUGAACCUCCCUCCUAACACCAUCAUGGAGUACAAAACACACAACGACAGCCUCAAGGACAAUUCCAGCUUCCGCAACACAAAGAUCGCUGUGUGACGAACACACACAUCCUUCAGGAAGAGGCUCCGCCCCUCAAACAUUCCAUUCCUGUUGAAAGUUUUUUUUUUUCCAUGUAAAAUAUAAUAAAUGUCUUUGCUUAGAA